CGAAUUUGGGGCCCCCUAACUCGAUCGGAGUUGCAAUCUGUAAUUGCGUGGUAUAGAUCGUUUGUUAGUAAGUUAAAUUGAGUAGUAAUGUAAUAGUUAUGGUGAUGAAGUGUAAGUUUGUUGUGUGAGAGUGUCGUGUUGAGUGAUUUCUCGUUUGUGAGUGAAAUUGUAAAGAUUUGUUGUGAUUGAUGUGUUGAUGUGAUGGUAGGAUGAGUGAGACACACAUCACACAUGGAUGAGAGACUUCAUUCAGCAGUGCAGGACAACAAAGUUGAUGAGGUGGAAGCUCUGUUGAAUGCAGGAGCGUCACCCAAUGCGUGUGGUGGUAGUUUAGGAUGGCCUGUACUUGUUACAGCUUGUGAUAAAGGCUACAUUUCCAUUGCACAAUUUCUCUUACAGAAAGGAGCAAAUGUUAACAAAGCAACUCCUAAUGGUUACACUGCUUUAAUAUCUGCAGCAUAUCGUGGUUAUGAUUCACUAAUUGUUAUGUUAUUAUCAUCCAAUGCUGAUGGUAAUCUGAAGAGUAAGUAUGGACGGACAGCAUUGCAUUAUGCUGCUUUCAACAAUCACUCCAAAAUUGUUCGUAUUCUGGUAGAGAAUGGAUGUGAUAUGAACAUAAAAGACAAUGAUAGAGAAACAGCACUGCAAUUAGCUGUCAGAUGUAAUCAGAAAGAUGCUGCAGAUGCAAUCAAGGCAUUCACUGUGAGUUCCCCAACUGCAUCUUCAGCAUCAGUUGUACCUAACAGCAUUCGUACAAGCUCAACAGCAACACCAUCAAAUGUUCGUCUCUCUACUCCAGUGACACGAACAAUGAGGACCACUACACCUACACGACAACCUCCAAGACAAGCGACUGGAAAAGGAGAUGAACAGUCAGUAGAGCAGCUGAUACAACAAAUAGAACAACCGAGAAAUGAAGGUUCAGCAAAAGAUAGAGAAAUUGCUGAAAUGAGAAAACAAAAUGCAGACCUCCAGACGGCAUUGAGAGAUCUACGACGUGCAUUGAGAGAUGAGCAAGUACAAAGAGAACAUGCAGUUGAUAGAGAGAGGAGAGACAAGCAACGAUUAGAACGAGAGAAGGACAAUCUUCAGCAGCAACUAAAUCAAGAGCAAAGAGAAAAGGCCAACAUUUUAGAGCUGCUGUCAGAAUCUGAUGCUGCAAUUGAACGUUACAAGCAAGAAAAUGAAGUUUUCAAUAUUCCUUCCCAUGACAUUCAAUUGACUGGCACAGAACUAGGACGUGGAGCAUAUGGAGUGGUUUGUGUUGGAUAUUGGUGUGGCUGUUCUGUUGCUGUCAAACUGUUGUAUGAUCAUUUGGCUGCUGUUCAACGCAACAUUCAUCUUGUUCAACAAGAAGCAUCUGUAGCAUGGAAGAUACAUCAUCCAAACAUUGCUGCUGUUUGUGGUGUCACUCUGGAGUUAGAAGAGAAGAAGGCAUGGAUUAUCAUGGAAUUACAUAGCGGCUCCAUGUCUGGUGUGAUUGAUGCAUGUCAAGGAGAUGUUGCACCUCUCACUCUACGAGAAAAAGUUGACAUGACACACGAUUCUUUGUGUGGACUGGAUUACAUUCACUCGAUGCAACCUACAGAGAUUCUGCAUGGUGACAUCUGUCCAAGGAACAUCCUGGUUACAGCAACGAUGAGAGCCAAACUGGGUGAUCUAGGAGCCGCUCGUUUUCAAGAUGCUUCACUUUCAGUCGGUCUGCUCAGUCCACAAUACACACCUCCUGAGAGAUUUGAUGUUCCAACUUCAGCAAAAAGCACCAAGACCGACAUGUACAGUAUUGGUGUGACCAUAUGUGAGCUCUUCACUGCUGUUCCUCCAGAUCGUCAAAAAAGAAGAGAUCAAGUCUUACUCAUCCGUCAGCUAAAUGUCCGUUCCUUAUGUAAGCACUUGAUGAGAGAUGAUCCUGCCACGCGACCAACAGCAACAGAAGCCCGUCAUACUAUCAGUCGUAUUCGUGAUACAGACGAGUAUAAAGCAUGUCCUCCUAAACGAAUGGUAAAGGGCAAGAUGGAUGGAAUAGCUGAUGUCACUGUCGUUUAGUCCAUUUGGUGAAGUGUACAUUUGAUUGAAGCAUGUGUUUGUUACUUGACACCAUUUAUAUGUUGUUACAAGGUAUUCACUUAGCAAUAGCAAUAUCUUUAGCUUUGAAGGAUCACAUUGUAUUUUGUUAUCUCAUUGGUGAGACAUUAUAGAACUAGCGUGUUUUACUGUUUGAACUUUGACAUUGUUAUUCAGUAUUUGUAGGUUUGAUGUGUAUCACCUAGUCACGUGACA